UUGGCUCGUGACGAUCAGCCGCUGAUUGGUAGUUGUCCAGAAGCAGGAAAGGAUGAGAAUCCUGAGCGAAUUUUAAGACAGAACCCGACAAGCAAUACCCCUCAAUAUUUCUUUCACCUUCUAGAAGAUUAACUGAUCAUUGAGAAAAGCAAACAUUCAAUCCCCAGCCUGACCUGAAGAAGUGGGAGUCUUCAAAAGGGAGGUGGAGCAGAGCAGCUCCUCCCCAGCCUUUUUCUGGCAUUCCCCUGCUUUGUCACCACCAGUGAGUGCCAGAAGAUCAGGAGAGGACAGGACUGGAAAGGAGGUGGAAUUUCCUUCCCACAGAGGAUCUCGCCAGAGAAAAUGACCAAGAUGAGAAUCGCCGUGAUUGGAGCUGGUGUGAGUGGGCUCAGCUCUAUCAAAUGUUGCCUGGAAGAAGGUCUGGAACCCGUGUGCUUUGAGAGGACCAGUGACAUUGGAGGGCUCUGGAGGUUUCAGGAGAAUCCAGAAGAAGGGAGAGCCAGCAUUUACAAAUCAGUGAUCAUCAACACCUCCAAGGAAAUGAUGUGUUUCAGUGACUACCUCAUCCCAGAUGACUUUCCUAACUUCAUGCAUAAUUCUCAAAUCAUGGAGUACUACAGGAUGUACGCCAAAGAAUUUGACCUCUUAAAGUAUAUUCGUUUCAAGACUAUUGUAUGCAGUGUAAAGAAGCGUCCCGAUUUUGCCACUUCAGGCAAGUGGGACAUAGUUACUGAAUCGAAUGGGAAGCAAGAAGUGAAUGUCUUUGAUGGAGUCAUGGUUUGCACUGGCCAUCACACCAAUGCUCACCUGCCCCUGGAAUGCUUCCCUGGGAUAGAGAAAUUCAAAGGUCAGUACCUCCACAGCCGGGACUAUAAAGACUCACAGAGAUUUGCCGAAAAGCGAGUUAUUGUGAUUGGCAUCGGGAAUUCUGGAGGAGAUCUUGCUGUGGAGAUCAGCCACACAGCCAAACAGGUCUUCCUCAGCACUAGGAGGGGUGCAUGGAUAAUAAAUCGUGUAGGGGAUAACGGAUAUCCUUUUGAUGUUAUCUUCUUUUCCCGAUUCAAACACUUUAUUUCAAAGUUCUUAAGCCUAUCUACAAAGAACUCAUUUCUGGAAAGAAAGAUGAAUGCAAGAUUUGACCAUGAAAUGUAUGGUCUGAAGCCUAUGCACAGAGCUCUGAGCCAGCACCCCACAGUCAACGAUGACCUGCCCAACAGAAUUAUUUCUGGCCGAGUGCGAGUCAAGGGAAAUGUAAAGGAAUUCACAGAGACGGCUGCCAUCUUUGAAGAUGGUACAAGGGAGGAUAAUAUUGAUGCCGUUAUCUUUGCUACGGGCUAUAGCUUUGACUUCCCCUUCCUUGAAGACUCCGUCAAAGUGGUCAAGAAUAAAACUUCCCUGUAUAGGAAGGUGUUCCCACCUAACCUAGAGAAACCAACACUUGCUAUCAUCGGCCUGAUCCAGCCCCUGGGACCCAUCAUGCCCAUUUCAGAACUCCAGGGUCGAUGGGCCACACAGGUAUUUAAGGGACUAAAGACCUUGCCUUCACAAAGUGAAAUGAUGGAAGAAAUCACUAAUAAUAGAGAAGAAAUGGCCAAAAGAUACGUGGAGAGCUCCCGCCACACCAUCCAGGCAGACUUCCUGGAGUAUAUGGAGGAGCUCGCUGAGUUGGUGGGGGUGAAGCCCAACCUGCUGUCCCUGGCCUUCACUGAUCCCAAACUGGCGUUUCAUAUGUUCUUUGGACCGUGUACCCCCCUCCAGUACCGUUUACAGGGCCCGGGGAAGUGGGAUGGAGCCCGAAAGGCCAUCCUCACAGUGAAUGACCGUAUCCAGAAGCCAAUGAAGACAAGGAUGGUAGGAAAAAAUAUCCAUGAUUCCUCGAUGAUGAUGAUGGUUGGCAAAUGGAUGCUGGCUGUCGUUUUCAUUUCCAUCAUCUUCACUUAUAUUUAGCUCUUGAGCUGUCUGCAGCAGCUUUAAUGGAGUAGCCAGUUCCAAUAGUGCCUUCAGAGUGCCAAAAAAAGAAAUGUGUAGAGCUUCUCUCAACUCUUCUGCGGGGGGGAUUUCCUUUCCAAGCAUCCCUCUUUUUCCCCUUCCACCCAUUUUCAUCCGUUCAGUUUUCUUUCCCUGUUUGCUCUGAGUUCCACCCAAAGCUCUGUGUCCACUUUGGCUGAGACAUCACUAUCAGUUACUAGGGGAGCUCAAGUAAAGUGAUCUGUCCAUAAUACAGUCCAUCACUGUCCCAGAAGAGCAGCUAGGGCACAAAGCUCCAGGCCUCCAGUGGGGAAGACUCAUCUUCAUGAGUUCAAAUGCGACCUCAGACACUAGCUAUGUGAUCCUGGGCAAAUCACUUAGCCCUGUUUGCCUCAGUUUCCUUAUCUGUAAAAUGGUCUGGAGAAGGAAAUGGCCAACCAUUCCAGUGUCUUUGCCAAGAAAACCCCAAAUGGGAUCACAAAGACUGAACAGCAAACUAUCAGGUAUCAGGGCUGACUGUGGAAUUGACUUCUGUCCUGGAAUUUGUUGAAACCCAGAUAAGAGAUUCAUCUAGAAACCCUGAUGCCCCCAAGAUUUUGCAAUCCAUUUUCUGCUUCUCAUGGUCAGACCUUUUCCCCUUUCUUACCCCUUAAGAAAGUUGACUGGCACAAAUUAUUGUUUGAACUAAUAGAAUAGUUUCAUUUAAUCAGAACACAAUUAGAUAUUCUGUGAUUAGAAUUAACCAGGAGAAUGUAAGACUUCUGUCUACUUCUCUCCUGUUCUGACGCAGAUGUCCUAAAUGGACUCAAGAAUAAAGAAGAGAAGUAUAAAUGGAGGGCCCAGAUUUAAGUCCUGAUUCAGCCUCUUGUUUAUUCACCAUAAUUCGUCAGAAUUCUCAUCAGUGAGCUGGGCUCUCUCUGCUUCACUUAGGAGAUAAGAGAUCUUUCCAAGACUCCAAGGCCCUCUUUAAGAAAGGAUUUCCUUUCACAUCCCAUCACAAGAGAUCUUUCCAAGACUCCAAGGCCCUCUUUAAGAAAGGAUUUCCUUUCACAUCCCAUCACAAGCUAAUUUUUUGUUUGGAACAACUCUUGUGCAAUAUUAUGUAACAUGUGGGAGCAGUGCCCGACCCUGGACUGGUUAAACAAACAACACUAUUUGCAGAUGCUGAAGAGGUGAGCGUUCUGGAGAUUCAUGGAAGGCAGAAUGACAACUUUCUCAAAAUCAGAGCUGACUUGCCAUAUAGACUCUGCUUUUCCUUGGGCCUCCCUAAUCAUUUUAUAGCAUUUCUCAGUUAUCUUGUAAAUAUUGAGGCUGACCUUUAUGGGUUGAUUUAUAUAAUUAGGAAACAGAUUUCACCUUAAUUUUAUUUACCUUUCUUUUCCAUUUCUGGAGUUAUCUUUUAGUGAAUAAAUUAGCUUAAUUAACAUGUGCUAAUAGGCCACGGGAGAGAAUGCCAUUCCUGCUUGGAACAUUAUUCUGAGCUUUUCCUUGAAGGAUUUUUUCCAAAUCAGCUAUUCUCAAAGCGUGAAAGCAUGAUCCGGAGAACUCUGAAAGUCCCCACAUCCUUUCAGGGGAAUCUAUGAAAUCAAAAUUAUUUUCAUUAUAAAAUUAUGAUUUCUAGUAUUUUAAUUUCUAGUAUGAUAAAUACUGAGAUUUCAAUUAUAUGUGUGUAUGUCAAUAUGUAUAUGUCUGUGCAUAUAUGUGUAUGUAUACAUAUGUGUAUGUGUAUGUAGAUGUGUGUGGGGAGAGAAAGA